ACAUGUCAGCGUGCAGUGGACCGGCGUCGUGCUAUUUAAAAUGCUAAAACUAACAUACUAUGUGUCUUUCGUGGAUUAAAAAUGAUCAGUUUAUGAGUUUAGUGUCACCCGCUGUCCAGGGGAGUUGAGUUUUGUCGCUGCUGGUCUCGACCAGCCGGGGUGACAUUGAGCUGCCGCUGCCUGCUGGUUUCUGGCACUAAGCGGGAUGUUUGCGGUGUUUAGAGUCUUUUCCCGGCGGGCUGACCUGCUGCCGAGGUGGGUUUUAGCAGACGAACUGCGGGGCUUGGGUCUCGGCUGGUCCUCGGUGUCGGCUCUGCGGGGAGGAGGAGGAGACGUGCGGGUCCGAGGGGUCAGCAGCUCCGCAGCGCUGUGCGCCAAAAACAGAGGAAACCCCAAGAAGACGGAGAUGUCCGAGAAGAAGCUGACCCGUCACUUUGUGGACCACCGGCGUGUGAAGCUGGUGGCCGGCUCGGGUGGAAAAGGGGCCUGCAGCUUUCACAGUGAGCCCAGGAAGGAGUGGGGCGGUCCAGACGGAGGGAAUGGAGGUGACGGAGGGAGUGUCAUUAUCAAGGCGGACCGGUUGGUCAAGUCGUUGGCUCAAGUGGUUCCUGUUUAUAAGGGAGAAGACGGGCAGUCGGGGAGCAGCAAGAACUGUUACGGACGCAACGGCAACCCAACCUACAUUAGAGUGCCAUUAGGAACUGUGGUGAAGGAGCAGGGUAAAACCAUCGUGGACCUGGAAAAACAUGGCCAGGAGUACGUGGCGGCGUUCGGAGGAGCCGGCGGGAAAGGAAAUCGAUUCUUCCUGUCAAAUGAGAACCGUGCCCCGAUGACAGCAACGCCGGGUGGAGCAGGAGAGGAGCGCGUCCUUCAGCUGGAGCUACGCACCAUGGCUCACGCCGGCCUGGUGGGGUUUCCAAAUGCUGGCAAGUCCUCACUUUUGAGGAUCAUCUCCAAAGCCAGGCCUGCUGUGGCGGCUUAUCCUUUUACCACACUCAACCCACAUGUAGGAAUCGUCACGUACAGGGAUCACGAGCAAGUCGCAGUUGCUGACAUACCAGGCAUCAUCCGAGGCGCUCAUCUCAACCGAGGCCUGGGGAUCUCCUUCCUGCGCCACAUCGAGCGGUGCCGUUUCCUCCUCUUUGUGUUGGACCUGUCCGCUCCAGAGCCCUGGACCCAGCUCCAGGACCUGCGCUUUGAGCUGGACCAGUAUGAGCCCGGUCUGUCUGAGCGGCCCCAGGCUAUUGUAGCCAACAAAAUGGACCUACCCGAAGCUCAAGAAAAGCUUGAAUUCUUGAGGAGCCAGGUCACCCAGAGGGUCAUACCUGUGUCAGCUCUCACAGGACAGAACACAGAGGAGCUGAUCCUUCACCUCAGAGAGCUGUAUGACGGAUACCUCCAUGGAGAAUCCACCAAAGCCGUCAGGUGGUAGAGGUCCGAUCACUCACACAUCUGUAUUCUUUAUAUUUAUAACCAAAUUUGUUGUUUUAAUAAAUAUUUCAAUUAAAAAUAUAUAUUUUUUGUCUUUUCUGGUGACGUAUUCCUUAAUACUGAGAAAUCUCGUAGGAUUUUCUUCAAACAUUUAUUGUCGCCUAAAACAAAUAG